CAUGAACGCAAAAGUGGAAGACUUUUUCAGUAACAUAUAUUUUCCAUAUCAGUAUAAGUUCAUAGUUUCUCAAAUAAAUAAGAUGGACCCCAGUCAAGUAAUAAUAUGGAAAGUUAAGUUAGAUAACAAAAAGAAACAAAUCGCGAAAUUACUCUUUGCAACAUGGAGUGAAGAAACUGGAAUUAAAUCAUUCGCUAGUCCUGAGGAUAUUCUAUCAAGUCAUACAAUACGCGCAGGAAUACGUCAUAAUCCACCUCUUUCGUAUGUCAAAAGAAUUAAUAAUGAAUUACAAUUAACUGGAUAUACAGGGGAAAUGGCAGAAACUUUAGAAGGUUCAUUGAAUAUCAGGUAG